AUGUCGCCGCCUCGCCGUCGCUCUGCUCGAUUGGCCAGCGCGGCCAAGCCUAAACCCGUGUCAAGUCUGUCGUCGCUCGCCGAGCACGAUGAGGCCAUCGAAAAAGACGGCAACCGGAGACACAUCAACGCCGGCGACGCGCCUCCCCAGCAGUCUCCCACCACACCUUUCUCGUCAGCCGUGAGGCCACCCAUGUCCGAGAUGCACCCGAGCAAAGUUCAUCUCGCUACUGCUGGACCCUCGGCCGCCUGGCUUGGCUUCCGCGAUAUUCAAUCAGCCGAUACCUCGCGUGGCAAGACCGCCGGAAACCCUCAGUCGACGCCAUCCAAGACUACUGGUAUCCCUGCGACUCCUUUUACCUUCCACGUCUCCCGCCCAGGUCCGGACCUGGGCCUCAGCAACGACGCGCAACGCCUGAUGAGGGAGUUACGGGAAGAUGCCAACAAGCACAAGACCGAUCUGAUCGCUCAACGCGAGCUGGAGAAGCAGAACGAGGAAAUUGCCCAUCGCAAGAUUGCCAAAGCCCGUGGCCAGUCAAGUCGCUUCAGCGCUGCGCACAUGGCCGAGUUCAAGAAGAUGGACUCGAUUGAGAACCAUGCAUCCCUUUUCCGUGCCUCGCCCGGUCGCCCUCCUAAUCGUUUGACUCCUGGGAAGAGCGCCCUCAAGCGAUCCCCCUCUAAGGCGAGCCUGGAUGAAACGCCUCGCCCCAAACCUUGCCUCAAGCGUACCUCUUCGAAGGCUGAUCUGGACGGCGAUGCCAACUCGGCCAAGGCAGUCUUGGGCAAGCCGAGAUACCCUGCCAUCCAGAACUCCCCAUCGCCCGUCAAGCGAGUGCGGCAGCAGCUCGAGGAUGACGCGUCUACACACCGGCCCGUUUCAAGAGAGGGCACUUCCAUUCCUCGACCCAAAUCGAGCGGCAAAGACCACAAUACUACGCUCCCCCGGUCACAAUCUAACCUAGCUGCCCUCCUGAGCCCAACGAGGGCUUCCGCCGGCCGGACUGUUAAUGCCAAGUCGCCCCAGGCGCCUUCUCUCACCAAGUCUCCUAGCAAGCCGAACAUCACUGCACCCACUGUAUCGCCCACGGCGGGCAAGGCGAGCUUUGGCAGGCUCACCAAGUCGUCCACGUCGCGUGGCUUGAACACUUUGCAGAGGACGGUGGAGUUGAAGCGCCGCAUCGUGAGCCCUAGCCGCAUCGAGAAGGUCAAAUCUAUUCUUCGGGCUGGCAAGCUGGACUUGACGAACGGCAAGAGUGCUAUUCCGCAGCCCUCGAUAGCCGCGACAUCCAAGACACCCGGACCUCAGGCUGCGGAGAAGGCCCUCCCGCCUCUGCCCUUCACUACACCCCGGCGGAAGCUCUUCAAGCGGGUCGACUUCACCCCUGACACGAAGCCUUCGGAGGACGGCGACGAGCCCGAAGUUAACUACCCAAACCUGGACGCCAUUCUGAGCAAGAUGGCUGCAAAGGAGGGCGAAAGUUCUGCAGCGGCCGAACCUCCUACCACCCCACGACCGCUCCCAGAGCCACCCAAGAAGUCUGAAAAGAGCAUGCUGGGUUCGAAAACCCCGGCCGAGUUCACGUUUCGCAGCACCAAGACCAUCCAGUUUGGUAGUGAGACGCCCAAGGGUUUCGGAUCUUCUCCCGGCCAGACCAUUCGACGUGUCCGACCUUCCGUCUUGCCUACCGAGGACAUGCCUGGGAGCUUUCCUGAGGGCAUGGAGUCUCCUCGCCCGGCGAUCCAAAAAGCGGAUCCGAAGCCGGCGGCCUUGCCGUUGGCGGCGGUUCCGCACGGCUUGUCCAACAAGAAGCGGGCGCGAAGCGACGGCGAGGCUUCUCAUCCGAAUAAGGAGAAUCAGGCCCCAGUGAAGCCAUUGAACAUUCCUCACGGCAUGCCGAAUAAGAAACGGGCACGUGCGAGCGAUGACGACGGCGAUACGGACCGGGAGGGCAAGGAACGGGGUGGCAAGAGGCGCAAGGCCGCAGCCUCACCUCCGAUCCGCAAACUGGCCGUCCCGAAGCUAGGAACGACCCCGAAGUCCGGCGGUCCUGGCAAUCUGCGAGCAGGCAGUCAGACGCCUAGCCCUGUGAAGAAGCGAACCGGAAUGACGAUGAGUCGUCUGCAGAUGUUGGCACAACCAAAGUCGAGGCGCUAA